CGUUGAGCACUUGAUACCACAAAAAAUUUCUCGGGAACACAAUUUAACUUCGGAAAAUUUUGGAGAGGAUAUUAUUUAUUCGCUAGGAAAUAUUACCUUACUGGAAGCCCCUUACCAGCAAGUCCUAUCUCAUGGCUUUGUGGUCGACGAAAAAGGCCGUAAAAUGUCCAAAUCCCUCGGCAAUGUCAUUGACCCCGAGGAUAUUUUGACCCAUUUUGUAAUCAGUUGUGAUUUUACCAAAGAAAUAAAAAUUAGUAUUUCUAUUUUGGAAAAUCUCCGGGAAAACUACCGCAAAAUCCGUAACACUUUUCGUUUUUUACUCGGAAAUUUAGCCAAUUUACCACCCGAAUUACAAAAAGAAACCGAUUUAACCUCUCAAUUUAAUUUAGUCGACUACUACCUUCUUCACCAAUUAGAAAAAUUACUUGCCGACAACCAAAGAAAUUACAAUGAAUAUAACUUUAACCCUAUUUAUUCUUCCCUUUUGAACUUUUGCAUCAAUGAUUUAAGCACUUUUUAUUUCGAGAUUAGCAAAGAUAGUCUGUAUUGUGAUAGCCUUACCAGCCCCCGCCGCAACCAGGAAAAAAAAAUUCAACUAAUUACAGAACAUUUUUUUCCCUUGCGUAACGACAUUUACCAAUUAUUAGAAAAAGCCCGGCAAAAAAAUAUUAUUACUACUAAUUCCCAGGCUUCCUUAUUAAUUCACAUCCCGCGUGAAAAAAACCCGCCACCAGAAUUUUUUCAGUUGAGUUUAACUGAAUUAUUAAUGGUGGCAGAAAUCCGAUUUACUCCCAAAUUAAAAAAAGACAUGAUGACGGGAAAUUUUUGUUCUCUUUAUCUAGAAAACACUCAAUUAAAAC